CGUAUAAUAAUAAUUAGUAUGUAGGACAACAGAAAAAAAAACGAUUUCUUUCACAACGCAAUAAUAAUGAGAUUAAAUUUGGAAGCAAAAACUUUAAUUGUUGGAUAUAAUAAUGAUCUACCAUAUACAUCUAUCAUGAUACAAUCAUUGAAUAAUGAUCGAUUGUUUGGUAUCGAUACAUCAGUAAUCAGAACGAUUGCCGAAUAUUUUAAUUUUACAAUCAAAUUCAUUGAUUGUAAUAAUAUCUACGGAUAUCGAUUGUCGAAUGGUUCAUUUAAUGGUAUGAUCGGAUUGCUGGAAACUGAACAAAUUGAUCUUGGUAUCGGUGGUGUUAUGAUGAACUAUGAACGAAAUUUGGUCACCAAUCAUCUUUAUACACAUCUAAUAGAUUAUGUUACAUUCAUGACAAGCACUGCUAAACAAUCAUCGAUUAAUUAUUAUUCAUUAUUGAAACCAUUCACCAAUCAAGUAUGGAUGAUGAUAUUGGCCAUCUUUUUUCUGUUUUAUAUGAUGAAACAAAUUCGUAGCAAUUUAAUUGUGAAAUAUCAACGAUAUUUUAAUGAUUAUCAUAAUAAUAAUAUUAUAUGGAUCAGUUUAGGUCUAUUUUUUCGUCAACCAUAUCAUCCAUUAAGAUCAACGCAUUUAUCAUUUAAAAUUAUGAUGUCAUUUUGGAUUUUAUCGGUAUUAAUAUUAUCGACAAUGUAUGGCGUUUUUCUAUCAUCAGAUUUGGCCAUAGCAAAUCAUUAUAUUCAUACGAUUCAACAUUUAGCCGAUGAAUGUCAUUCGCAGAAUAUUAUACCAUUGAUUCAGGCCAAUACAAGUGCUAUAAAAACUUUUUCUAUGUCUAAACGAAAAGAUUUUCAAAUGAUUUGGCAAAAAACUCAACAAAUAUCCGAUACUGAAGAAGGCAUACAAAUGAUUAUUGAACAGAAUUUGAAUGGUAAAAAAUUCUCAUUAAUCACUACACGUUAUUCAUUACAAUAUUAUCAAUGCCAUUAUGGGAAAAAUUUAUUAUAUUUACCACCAUUGCAAUUCGAAUCAUCAUUCUAUCCAUUUCUUGUAUCGAUACCAGUACGAAAAUCUUUUGAACAUUUCCAAUCUUUCGAUAUAUUAAUAUUCUAUCUACAAUCAUCUGGUUUAGUGCAGAAAUGGUUACGCGAUGAAUUAAGUAAUCGUCAAUCAUCUAAAGAAAUGGCAAAAAUUUCAAAACAAAAUAAUCAAUUUAUCGAUGAUGCUGUGGAGCAGAUUUCAUUACAUCAAUAUACCUAUGAAGAAUUUAAGUUAAUCUUUCUAUUACAUAUCUGGUGCAUUACCAUUUGUAUGGCUAUAUUCAUAAUUGAAUUUUCAUUAUCGAUAAGAAUUAUAAUUUCAAAUUUGAUUAACAAACGAUGAAGAGAAAAAUAACCAAAACAAAGACAAAACAAAAAAAAAUUAAAGUUCCAGAAAAAACGCAAUAUUCUCACCUCGAAUUGUGAUGAUCGAUAAUUAUCGGUCGGAUUUCUCAAUCAACAAUUUGAUUGUCUAUAGAAGAAAAAAAUAUUCAAAUUGGUGAGAGAGUUUAGGGCCAGUGAGAAAGAAUCAGAAAAAUGAAUUUUCAUUGGAUUCGCAGUGGAAUAAAUAUUUUCAUUUGAAUU